AUGCUCCUGUUUGAGCUGCUGACUGGCCAGAGACCGUUCGAAUCACUCACCACUACUCAGGAACUCAACAAAGCUGUCUCCCAGGGCGACCGCCCGCUGGUUGCCGAGGGCAACCUAGACCCGGCGUUCCCUGGAAUGCUGGACCUGAUGUAUGACUGUUGGAAACAGUCUGCGAUGGAGAGACCCAGCGCCUCCGAGGUGGUUCUGAGAGUGUGUGAGCCGGGCUUCGUGUGUCGUAAGCACACCAUCACCAAAAGUAAGGACCACCCUCUCCAGAAGAUUGAUACCAUAUACGCCAGACCCAUCUUUGCCGACGAUUUGAAAAAGAGCUACCAGGUCUGGACCUGGGCUCGUCAGGACACUGAGAGGAAUUUCAGCAUCAUUGACGCGAGGAAGGGAGUGUACAAUCUUCCGGAGAAGAGUGCUCCAGGUGGGCGGGUGUACGCCAUGACGGCCACUGGAGAGGUCGAGAAGAGGAUUUGGAUCGGGACUUCGGACUGUGAGAUACAAGUGUACGGAUAUCGCAAUGUGGGAGACCCUCAGUGCCUCUGGACGUUCCUCAUGAAGGACUCUGUUCUCUCACUCAGUACUCAGCUGGAAGGAGGCAGGGUGAAGAGGGUGUUUGCAUCUCUGGCCAACGGUACCCUGUGUGUGUUCUCACGAACCAGCACCAGUCUAGACCCCGCCGCGGCAACCGUUCCCGUCGGCGACGCCAAACUCAUCCCCGAGGCCUGCACCAUCAAAUGCGAAGACGAGAAGUACAAACAGGAGGCAGAGGAUUGGGCUGACCCUCUCGUUUUGAAGCUUGACGAGCGAAACAAGUCGGCCAAGUGCAUGGUGUUUGUUGGUCGCGACAAGCUGUGGUGUGGCUGUGGAAACACCAUUACCGUCGUCGACAUCGUAAACAUGAUGGUAGAUCAUAACAUCCCAGUGUUCGUAAAGAGGAUGGCCCUGGUGAACGAGCUCGUUUCGAACGGAAUCAAGGUGUGGGGGGUCGGGCGGCAGCUGUCGUGUGUGAUGGAGUGGGACGUUGCCUCGUACAAGUUACUCCACGUUUUCAACUGCAGUGAGAUUGACCAAACUGGGACCAACGUACGGGCUGACCCCUCCCUGAUUGAAGACCUUAUUGACCCCACUCGCUCCACUGAUAAACCAACCGCUAACCCCUCCGCCUCUGUCGUGCCCGAAGUAAAAAUUGAGGAAACAGUGGAGGAAUCUUUCAACGUUCAUAAUGACCCUACCCCCACGUCGAGCCACGCCCCCUUUUCCACAAUGAGGACUCGACAGACGCUGCGAGUGGUGAAGUCUCGGCCUCGGAGAGCGGCGAUGACGAGCCAGCAGCCGUCUGCGUCGCCCAAAGCAGCAAGUCGCUCGCGUCUCCUCACAGCCAGGAACAGGGUCCUCCGUAAACAGCAGGGGUCGACUCGCACCACCUCUCUGGUUGUGGUUGAUAAGACACUGUGGGUGGGAAGAGGGAUGGGCGACGUUCUAGUCAUCGAUAUCACUGAGAACGAAGCGUCUCACGGUACGGUUCUGGCCAGGUUGACAGUUGAAGACAGCGAGAAAUACGGAAAUCGAUCUCAUCACAAGCUGCAGUGCGUUGCUGGAGAGUAUGUGGUGUCUUCGCAGUGGCUUGAACCAAUCGACUUGCGCCGCGGUAGCAACGCGCCACCUGCAGGAGAAGGAGGAGGGUUGCUAGGGCAACUGUCAGACACGCCCCUCGUAACACACCAGGCCAUCACCAUCUGGGAGGCGUGGAACCAGGAUGACAUCAGGCAGGUGACCAGGCGACGCGAUUCCAUUCUGGCCCAGGAAAUGAGGGAAGAGGAAUCAGACGGUGUGUGA